AAUUAUGAAUAAAAGAGUAGAAGAUUAAAAUGAGGUGAGAUAAGUUGAAAAUUUGGUAAUAGAGGUGGUUGGAAGUGUUAGUUGAGAGCAGAAGAGAAAGAAAUAAUGGCAUCAUCACGUCCUCCACCGUCCAAGUCAGUGGAUCUAGACCUCACAAUACUCUCCGCAAAACACCUCAAAAACGUCAACUGGAAAAACGGCGACCUCAAACCCUACGUCGUCUUCUGGCUCGAUCCUGACCGUCGACUUGCCACUAAAUCUGACGACUCCGGCAACACUUCCCCUAUCUGGAACGAACGUUUCACUCUCCCUCUCCCACUUCCUCUCCAAGACUCUUCCCUCACCCUCGAAAUUUUCCAUUCCAAACCCUCCGAUACCCCUAAACCCCUCGUCGCCACCCUCCGUCUCCCCCUCAAAGACCUUCACGACCUCCACGAUUCCACUCAAAUCCGUAAAUUCCCAUUAAUUCGACCCUCCGGUCGUCCUCACGGUAAGAUCCACCUCAAAAUUGGCCUCCUUGGUCGCUCUCCUCCGUCACCACAAACAUUCGAUUACGCCAACUCUAACCCUAACCCUAACCCUAAUCCCAAUCCUUCCUUUGUCUAUUACAGAGGAUACUCCCCUUCACCUUCUCCAUCACCAUCACAUUCACCUUACACUUCAUACACCUCUUACACUGAUUCCUACUCUGGCGGUUACUAUCCCGGCUAUUAUUCUGGUGCUCCUUAUCCUCCUCCACCGCCGAGACCUUUCUUUGAACGUAAUAGUGGUUAUGUAGCUGGUGCUGGGCCAAGUGGACCAUCUGCCCCGGUUGAUUAUUCAUCCUCUUAUGAUCAGACUCUUCCCAGGCCCAAAGGCGGUAAGUUGGGCCUAGGAACUGGGCUGGCCGUUGGAGCUGUCGCUGGUGCGCUGGGUGGACUUGCUCUUGAAGAGGGGCUGAAGUAUGAAGAGCACAGAAUUGCGGAAAGGGUUGAAAGCGACGCUGCUUCUGCUCGAGAUGAUUAUGGGGAUGGCCUUUACCACGAUUAUAACACACCCAACCAACCAUUUCAUAUAUUUGUAAUUCUAAGUUAUAUUAAUUCAAAAACCAAAAUGGAAAACAAUGCUUCAAGUGCAGUCACCAUCCUUUCAAAAUGCACCGUUUUCCCUGACCAAAAAUCAACUCUUGAAGAUCUCAAACUCUCAAUUUCAGACUUAAACAUGCUCUGUUGCCACUACAUCCAAAAAGGUGUUCUCUUCACAACUCCAUCUCUCCCUUCUCAGACACUCAUUCCCCACCUUAUUACUUCUCUCUCUAAAACACUCUCUAUCUUCCCACCCUUCUCUGGCCGUUUCGUAACCGACUCAAACGGUUACAUUUACGUCACAUGCAACGACGCUGGUGUUGAUUUCAUUCACGCCACCGCCACUCAUUUCUCUAUCACCGACCUUUUGUCACCACUUGAUGUUCAUCAAGCUUUUAAAAAAUUCUUCCCAUUCCACCAUAAAAUUAACUACACUGCUCAUUUCUCACCUAUCUUAGCCGUUCAGGUCACUUACCUCGCUGAUGGAAUCUUCAUCGGUGUCGCCGUCUCACAUGCCGUCACAGACGGCACCACCCUAUGGAACUUUUUCAACACCUUCGCCGAUAUUUCCAAGGGAGUCACGCGUGUCACGAGAAUCCCGGACUUCCGUCGGGAAUCAAUUUUGAUCUCCAAAGUCGCUCUCCGGUUAUUGGAAGGUGACAUCAAGGUGACGUUCAAUCCCGACGAUCCCUUGCGAGAGAGGAUUUUCAGUUUCUCUCGCGAAGCAAUUCAAAAGCUGAAAGCAAGAGUAAACCAAAACCAUCAUAUUUCACCGGAGAAUGCUGACGUGGCAGAAUUAAUAUCGAAAAUGAACAAUGACGUUCAACUGAAAACGGUUACGCGUGACGGAAGCGAAACGUCAGAGAUUUCAUCGUUUCAGUCGCUAUGCGCGCUGAUGUGGCGAUGUGUGACACGCGCUAGGAAACUUGAUGAUUCUAAAACAACGACGUUUAGAAUGGCUGUGAAUAUUCGUAACCGUUUACAGCCCAAGUUAUCUGAGUACUACUUCGGGAACGCAAUUCAAAGUAUUGCCACGUGUGCUAAAGUUUAUGACGUGUCAAAUAAUGAUAUUACGUGGUGUGGUGAGCAGCUGAAUAAAAAUGUGAGGGCGUAUGAUAGCGGUGUGGUGAGACGCGUGAUAGAGAAUUGGGAGCGUGAGCCUAAGUGUUUCGAACUGGGGAACAAUGAUGGUGGGAUAUUGCAGAUGGGUAGUUCGCAUAGAUUCCCUAUGUAUGACAAUGAUUUUGGAUGGGGGCGCCCGAUAGCUGUGAGAAGUGGCGGAGCUAACAAGUUUGACGGUAAGAUGUCGGCGUUUCCAGGGAGGAAAGGAGGCGGCAGUAUCGACGUAGAGGUGGUUUUGGCGCCUGAAACUAUGGCGCUGCUUGAAACUGAUUCUGAGUUCAUGCUUUACGCUACCUCUCAGCAGUGAUGUGUCAGCAAAUUGGAUGGGAGUAAUUCCCAAACGCAACCAUGGUGACGUUGUAGCUUAUUUAUUAUGAGUUCCCGGAAGUGCGCCUCGUUUUCAAUUAU